ACACGACUCGGACUUGAGCAAGAAGCUUGAGUUAGAGGCUUGAGGCCGCCGAAGGUACAUUAAGGGGUGCAGUCCGAGGCGCGAGCUGCACAUCGGUCGGUCGGUCCGCCACGGAAUCUCGUCGAGCGCUCGCCCGCUCCGCGAAGAGACGAAGAAGGAAAAAACAACACACACAGAACACGAUCAGGAGCUAGCACGAGGAGAGCAGGAGCCCCGAGGCAUUGCUGAACCGGGCAUUGCCGAUCUUUUUUUCCCCAUCGCCAAAAUCCAUUAGGCACAUCACAGAAAUUAGAGCGAGAUGGCGUCACACAUGGUGGGACCGAUGUACUCGGCCCUGACCGCCAUGGCCCAGCGGGGCGGUGGUUACGGUGGCGGUGGCUACGGCGGCGGCGGAGGCGGUUUCAACAAUCAGACGGUGGUGGACAAGGCGCCGCCCGAGAUCCAUCACAUGAUCGACCCCUACUGGUAUCAGUUUCCACCUAUGAACCCCCUCUGGUACGGCAUCCUGGGCUUCGUCAUCGGCUGUCUGGGCGUCGUCUCGGUGAUCGGCAACGGCAUGGUCAUGUACAUCUUCGGCAGCACCAAGGCCCUGCGCACCCCCAGCAAUCUUCUCAUCAUCAAUCUGGCCUUCUGCGACUUCGGCAUGAUGUUCACCAUGUCGCCGCCCAUGGUAAUAGCCUGCUACUACGAGACGUGGCCCUUCGGGCCGCUCAUGUGCGAGAUCUACGCGUUGUGCGGCUCCAUCUUCGGCUGCGGCUCCAUCUGGACCAUGUGCAUGAUCUCGUUCGAUCGUUACAACGUCAUCGUCAAGGGCCUGUCGGGCAAGCCGCUCACCAUCAACGGGGCCCUGCUGCGGAUCCUCGGCAUCUGGUUGAUGGCCGGCGUCUGGACGGUCGCGCCCAUGUUCGGCUGGAAUCGCUACGUGCCCGAGGGCAAUCUGACGGCCUGCGGCACGGAUUACCUGAGCAAGGACUGGCUGUCGAGAUCGUACAUCGUCACCUACAGCAUGUUCGUGUGGCUGAUGCCGCUGCUGACCAUCAUCUACAGCUACUACUUCAUCAUCAAAGCCGUGUCGGCCCACGAGAAGAACAUGCGCGAGCAGGCCAAGAAGAUGAACGUCGCCUCGCUCAGGCAGGGCAGCGCCAACGACCAGAGCACGGAGAACAAACUUGCCAAGAUUGCUCUCAUGACGAUCUCGCUGUGGUUCAUGGCCUGGACGCCGUAUCUCGUCAUCAACUGGGCCGGUAUCUUUGAGCUUGCCAGACUGACGCCUCUGUUCACCAUCUGGGGAUCGGUGUUCGCCAAAGCCAACUCCGUCUACAAUCCGAUCGUCUACGGUAUCAGUCAUCCUAAGUACCGAGCAGCUUUGUUCGCGAAAUUCCCGUCGCUCGCCUGCGCCGGAGACGCCCCAGCCGGGGGUGGUGGCGGUGGCGGUGGUGCCAGCGACGCCGUGUCGACCACUUCCGGCGUCACCACUCUCACCGAUCACGACAAGUCCAACGCUUAAGAAGAAAAAUAAAAUCAUCGUCUGCAAGAUAAAAAAAAUGUCCUACACCCGAUGCAAUGAUAACACGCGUACGCAGCGAUGGACUAUAUUAUUGUCAUACAUAUACUUGGUAAAGGCCCUGAUUUAUAAAAUUGAAAAUCGGACGCGCUUAUAAAAAAUACGCGGGAUGUAAGCUUUGUGAUUUAGAACAUAGUUUGUACAUACGCAGAUAGUUCGCCGAACGGUCUGUGCAACGAAGCUUCCUUUUAACUAAAUUGAGUAACAAAAAAAAUAGCAAAAAAAUGAAAAAUGUCACUUCUGUGCCCAUUAUCGUCGCCGUCGCAUUUAGCAGCAGCAAAGAAAAAAAUUAAAAUCCCGCGCUGCGUUGUAACUUUUAUUCUUCAUCUAUUUCGGAUUGCCUUCAUUAAUUUAAACUAUAAGCGUGUCUACGCGCACUGAUGCAUUUAAAAAAUCAGAAAUUCGGUAUACGAUUUGAAAAAUCAAAAAUGUAAUAUUUUGAAAAUAAGAAGUAAGGCAAAUUUAUACAUAAAUAUGUGUAGAAGUAAGUUUUAAUCGCGAGUAAUUGUUAAAUUUUGAAAAAUUUUUAAUCGAAACGUCGAGUCCAAAGCAAUCUAUUAUAAAUAGUAAAGAUGUUUAAUUCGAAUCUGCUCGAAUUUCGAUGAAUGUUUUUUUACUUUUAAUAAUUAUUCAUUAUAUCUAUAGAAUCGUCGAAUAAGGUGAUACACACAUACACAUGACAGACACGAAUGACACGAGGUAAGAAGACGAAGCAUCGCAAUUCACGAGACCCGAGAUCACUCGUGCGACACGACGAUUCGAUCAUCCGUACAUAAUAUAAUAUAAAUAUCGUGAAUAUACUAAACCUCGUCGAGUUCGGCCCUCACCACAAUUCCGAGCUCUCGCGGUUCUUUCGGUAGACUAAAUUGAUAUAAAAAUUUUGCCAUAAAACAAGUGGAUGAGCCCGGAUCGUUGCAAGCAUCUUUGCUCGAGUUUCGCGCGAUGUUUUUAUAUAUAUAAUACAAUAAUAAAUAUCAACUUAUACAUACGCUGGUCGCUCUGUAUAUUUCCUUUUUUUCGGGUUCGAUUUUCCAUAUCGACGAUUCAACAUGUACAUGCGUCAUCUGGCCGAGCCAGCUUAGGCUAAUUGUAUCUAGCUAAUUGUAAUGAUUAAGCCUCGAUCUGUUGAUAAAUAUCUUAUUGAAUUUUGUAAGUUACAGAAAAUAAAAAAAAACCAUGUAAGCAAUAUGCAUGUGAGAUUGUGAAAAUAAGCCAA